GUGAGGAUGAAUAGUCUUUUUCCCCCUACACACAGAGCAAAGGGCUUUAAGCUCUUUCCUUGACGGUGUUGUCGGCUUUAGAAAUUAACACAACAGGCUAGUUUGAUCCUGUUUGACGUACAGGAAGGCAGAAAUGGAGAAUUAGAAGAAUUACUCAUCUUUUGGAUGAGCAGUUUCCAAAUCCCAUUUGGCACGUCACUCUAGACUGGUGAAGGGGAGGCUGGCACUGAGUCCACAGACCCAACUGACUCUAGGACAUCACGUUGUUCAGUCUUUUCCUUAUCUAAUCACAUUUGUGUUCUUACCCAAUGUUCGUUAGGUCAGCACAUAGCCACUUCCUCACCCUACAAAAGUUCCCAGUUAGGCCCCUAGCUGGGAUCAUCCAGUAUCCAAGCUCAGGGAUGAAGGGAGGGAGCAGCUAACUAGUCCUAACUGGUUAGUUGGUAUAUAGGUCUUUUCUCAAUGUUCCUAACGUGCAAACAGUGACAUCCCUGUCAAGGCUUGGCUCCAUGAUUCUGAGAGGACUAAAACCAGGACAGUAAGAUCUGUGGUCACAUCCUGCCCAAUUCCAGCUUGGAGGUCCAUCAAACCAUCUGCUUCUCCCUUGGCAAGAAGCUCCAUCUACCUGAUAGCAGAGUCAGUGGCCAUCCUUUUCUACCUUCAGCUACUGUGCAUCUCCUCUUUUUCUUGGGGUAAAGGAACAAGCAGAUUCUUAUCCAAAUACCCAACCUAUGAAGAUGAGAAAGGCCUUGGGAAGAGGUAUUAGCCAAGUUUUCAAUGCGAUGCCUGGCAGAUAGAAUUUGUUGUAUUUGUCUUAAGCUUAUUAUCCUCCCAGGUCAUAGAAAGAUCUAAAGUCCAAUGAAUCUCCUUACUCAGAAUUCACACCUUUCCCCUCAAAUUUAAAAUGUCCAUGCCAUUUCACAAGUACCCAUAACUACUCAUGGUUUAGAUACAUGUCCUCCCUUUGUCUCAGUAGAGCACUUCGUCUAGAAAUUGGCAGCAGUUCCUACUUAAAAUGAUGAAUGCUUUGGGCUUCGGAGACAUCUCAUCCCUAUGCCUGCUGCCCUGAAGCAGCCAGAAGGAAAGGCCUCCCUCAACUACUGGAAAGAAAGCCCAUAAUUCAAGGCUUUUAAUAUAGUCACUACACAAGUUCUCCCUCUGAUUUAGGGGAUCUUGUUACCUCCUCGUCUACAUGUGCUUAAAAACCAAAAAGAAAUGUAUAAUUAUUCAAUUCACCUGUGGUCCAGAUAAGUCUCACAUCCAGCAAUUACCCUGAGAGGGCAGGAAGCCAGACUUUCAACUUUCCACAGCUAGGUCUUCAUUCUACUAGUGAGAUGAACUGGUGCAGAUUAGGGUGAUAGUUCAUCUAAGCAAGUGGAGGAGCUGGGGGACUGUAGACCUUCCUGAAGCAUCCUCCCAUAGAAGGGAGAUAAGGGCUUUAUCCUAAUUGCCUGUACACAACAGAUCGGUACUUCUUUCCUAGACAAGGCUGAAAGGGGUCAACAUUAUUUCUGAAGACUUCAUUAUUGGAAUUCUAUUUUUAUUGGGAGUGAUCUCACUGAGCUAUUUUGGAAUAGAAAUAUGGCUGGUUGCCUGAUCUCCCUCAAUGGUUUCACGUGGCUUUCAAAGGGAAGGAGGGGCAGUGCUGACUUUUGGUAAAAUGGGCGAAAGGGUCCAUGCCAGCAACACAAUCACUCAAAGUCCAGAUGAGGCAUCAGUAAAUACAAUGUGCCUGAAAGGUGGCCCUUGGGCACAUUCCUCUGGUAGACAUUAACUUAUUAAAUUGAUUCUGAUUACAAAUAUAAACUUUGCCCCCAUCUCACCUGGUAACAAUGCAAGACUCAAUGUGAGUCUAUAAAAGGAAGUAGGAACUGUCCCUGGCUUUCAGGCUCCAACAUCCUGCCUCUGUCAAGAUGUGGCACCUCAAACUUUGUGCACUGCUCAUGAUCUUCCUGUUGCUGUUGGGCCAGAUAAAUGGCUCCCCAAUACCAGAAGUGAGUUCAGCAAAGAGAAGGCCACAGAGAAUGACCCCAUUUUGGAGAGGGGUUUCCCUCAGGCCCAUUGGAGCCUCCUGCCGGGAUGAUUCUGAGUGUAUCACAAGGCUAUGCAGAAAACGACGUUGUUCCUUAAGUGUGGCCCAGGAAUGAAGUACAUACCAGGGGAAGAAAGGAUAGCAGUCAUCUCUGACAAUGCUCCGUUCUAUGGAAUAUUGAUUAACUGCAUUUUGGCUGGAGACAUACAAGUGAAGCAAUCUUGUAUUUUUAAUAUUUAAAGGCAGAUGUAUGCUUUAAAUUGGUCUCCAUUUCUUCUUAGAAUGUUGAUAUAUGGAUAAGCAUAACUAAACUUGUCACUUUAGAGUUUAUUUUUCUAUGGAUACUAUUAAAUGUCUCAAAUUGAAA